ACUGGACCAACGCGUUACGAUCCACCACCACGACGAGAUCCAGCCUUUGGAUAACUUGACUGGCUUAGUACUGUACGCAAUGUCAACUCCGUCUCGUCAAGCUUCCAGAUAUAUGUCGCUUUUUAUUGGUCAAAUUGUCCAUCAAGUUUUUCUCGCACUGUGUGUCUGGCUAGAGCUGACUAUAUGCUCUCCCAUGCAUUUUCAAGCUUCAAUAACCCUUUUUAUGCGUUCUGCUCGAACAUCUUGCUAUUUUUCAGGAUGGCGCCGUCAUUGCUCCCGUAUGCUCGUUCCCACCUCUCUAUAUGCAUGUGCAUCUGUAUUUUACUCGAUACUCGGUGUUUACUGUCAUGAGACACGACCUGAAGCUGAUUAUCUGCGACAAUACUUUCCAUCUUCAGCUUCAUAUAAUCUGUCCUAAAUUGCGGCAGCGGCCGUCCUUGUGUGUCGUAUCCUGGGUCUGCGUCGUAGCUUCCGCUUCCGAAGCAUUACGUGUCUUGAAAGAAUUUACCUCUUCGGUUUUCAUUUCAAAAUACUUAGGAGACUGAGAGCGAGUGCCUCGUUUCCAUAGACAGGGACUAAGAAUACGUGCGCGCAGUGCUUUUCUUCACUCCUGUCUCUCAGUAGCCCUUUCU